AUGAGCAAAGUCCUCCCCGUCAACAACGCUCUCAUCCAGCUUCGACAACGUCGACAGAUGAAAUCCAAGAACGACACCGCCAAUGAAGAUGAACCCGUUCGGACUCGUGCGUUCAAACUGGAAGAGAAGUUGAGACAACCCGAACCUCCCUUCGCGAACCCGUUUGCCGAGGAUGGUGGAUUCGGCGGGCUCAGCGGGGCCAGACGCAGAGACAAGCAGAAUGGGAGGAAAGAGGAACCCGACGAUGGCACCGAUGACGAGGAUGAUGAGGAAGAGGAUGAAGAGAGUGAUGAUGAUUACCGUGCCGGUAGAGCAUCUAUUUCGAAGUCGAAAUCUACCCCUAAAUCAAGAAUCUUGGACAAGAAGCCUGCGAGGACUAGACCCAACACAUCUUCCUCCUCAUCCAAAGUACAGACUCGAGGCAAGAGGGGCCGAUCAACCGGAGUGAUCACUAUCGGAUCGAGCGAUGAAGACGAGAACGAGGAAGAUGGAUUCGAGAUCACCGAAGUCCGUCUGAACGCUACUCCGAGCAAGAGUACGCGUAGCAGGCGAGGGGAUGUACAACCGAAAGCCUCUGGAUCUGGAUCCGCGAAUAAGACGAAAGCCCAUGUGAAACCUGAGCCCGAAGUUGCUUUUAAACUUAGAAGGGGAAAGACGAACGGGAACCAGAGAAGGCCUGGACCUCAAGACGAAGAGGACGAGGACGAAGUCGAGAACCGGGUGGAGGGCGAGAUCAAGUUCGUCCCGCUCGAGGAGGAAGAUAGAUUUAGGAUCGUUACUCGAGGUGAAAAGGGCGGAGAGAAGCGUCAAGGCCACGAGGCCAAGGAGGCAGGCAAUGCUCCAGAUGCGGCAGGAGCAGGUCGAGCGAGAGAUAUCGAGCAGGAGCAGGAAGUUGCGCCCGACGAGCCACGUGCAGAAGUUGGGGGCGCUGAAGCUGUCCGGGCAGUAGUAGCACUGGAAGCGGCAAUUGAGGAUAUGGACGUGGAUCUUGAUAUCGGUAUCGACCACGACAACAACAACAACAACAAUGACGAGGAGGACGAUUUCUGGGCUCACAUCCCGCAGGAGCUUUGGGACGAGGCGAGACCUGCAGGACCGGCAGCUGUGCCCGCCCUCGUACCUGGACCAGUAGCAGCACCUGUACCGCCUCAACCUGCCCGUCUCCUGAGUAUGGUCGACAUCCCCGAGAUCAUCCCUCUUGUCAUUUCGCUUAUCCCAGACGUCUGCCCGGAUCAUCUCCGAGGUGUCAUCGAGGGUCAAAUCUUCCGAGAUCCGGCUCGUCAGAUCACGGCUGAAGAUGCUUGCGGAGAGAUCCUUGCGCAUCUGUUCGAUACGGAUCUCGCUAGGUACCCGAAAGUGAAGGACAACAAGCGGAAAGCUGAGGAUGAAGCUGGGCCUUCUGCACCAAAGAAACGCAAGCCGGAUGAAGACGAUGGGGUUUUGGACGUGGACGAGAUUGAGUAUCUCGUUGAUGGAAGGGUGAACUACAAGAGCGAAAAGGUCAAGCUGGACGACAGAAAAGGAUGGGCAUAUCGCAAGAGCGCGACUAAAGACUUGCUCAACUUGUUCCCCCUGAUGACUCAAAAACAUAUUACGGACAACCUGAACUUUCACAUCGGACUUUACGUUCCAACAUAUCUCGAUCUCGCCUUUCAAUACACCUUGCCCGAAGAUCAGAGACCCUGGCGAGCGAUGAAAGUGCCUCGCGAAGUUGAUCUUACCAAACAAGAAAACACCAAGGCGAAGGGCAAGGCCGCGAAGCAGGUCGAUGAAGGCGCGGUGACGUUUGCAGAGGAGAAGGAGUUCUUGAUAGGUCUGCUCUUCGAGAACGCGGAUACGUGCAGCAUCGAGGCGGUCAAAAUAUUGCAACCACUCGAGGGUGAUGGGGAUACCGAGUGUCAAUGCUGUUUCGGGGAUGAUCAUCUGGUCUACAUGAUACAAUGUCGGGACGGACACUUUUUCUGCCGAGAUUGUUUCAAGCGCUUGUUGGAAACGGCAUUGGGAGAUCAAAAGGCGCCCGUCCACUGUAUGCAUGAGAGCGGCUGCCGUGCCGAGUUCACCGAACGCGACGUCAAAAAAGUCUUGACUCCAAAGGUGACGAACAGUUAUUUUGCGUUGGUCCAGAGGAAGGAGCUCGAAGCCGCGGGUCUGGAGAAUCUCGAAACGUGCCCAUCUUGCGAAUUCGCUAUCGUCAUCGACAACGAACAUGAAAAGCUGUUUACCUGCCAGCAUCCGAAUUGUCAAGUUGUAUCAUGUCGAGCUUGCAAGAAACCGGACCAUAUUCCUAAGACCUGUGCUGAGGCUGCGGCGGAAGACGAGCAUCUGAAUUCUAGGCAUACUAUCGAAGAGGCCAUGACCCAGGCGUUGGUUCGCAAAUGUCCCAAGGCCAGCUGCCAGAAACCUUUCCUCAAAGAAUCUGGUUGUAACAAAAUCACCUGUACAUCGUGCGGGACUGUCUCUUGUUACAUCUGUAGAGCGAUCGUAACCGUUGGGUAUGCACAUUUCAAUCAAGCUGGUUAUGGGGGCAAUAAAGCUAAUCCAUGCAGAUUAUGGGACCCGGUCAAUGCGGCCGAGCUUUACCAAGCCGAGGUCGCCGAAGCGCGAAACCAAGCUCAAGAUCAGGUCAUCAACGAAGCAGCUCGUCUCGGUCGACAAAUCGCUCAACCCGACGUGGAAGUGGCCCUUCCGCAACAAAACGAAGUGUUUCGUCCGGCUGUAAUUCCAGGCGCUUAUCCUGCACACGCUGCUGCGGUGGUACCUCCCCAGCUGGCUCAACCGCAACCACAGGCCGCUCCGCCUGCUGGUGGACCUGGCGCAGCUCAUCUCCCGGUACCAAGAGCUGCAGAAGGGAUCGGGCGAGCCCAAUUCGACGCUGCUCGACGUAUCUACGAAGGUCGGAUUCUGGAAGAGCAGCAACUUCGACCUGGAGUGCCGUUGGCCGGGCCAGUCGUCGCGAGAAUUCGGGCCGAGUAUAGGGCUCGAAUCGAAGCGAUCAUGCGAGACAUGGCAGUCGCACGAGGAAUUGCAGCACCGCAAGCCGGAGCGUACGUCGCAGCGAACAUUGAUGCGGUCUUUAGAGAAGUCGCGCGUGGAAUUCCAGAAGCGCACGCUGCCGCUGCUGUACGACCCCCUCCGCCACGCGCCAUGGCCGCAUUGCAGGCUCAGGCUCAGGCUCAGGCCCAGGCUCUUGUUCAGGCUCAUGCUCAGGCUCAGGCUCUUCGAAACGCUCCCGGAAACCGAGUGCGCUUUGCACCGGCCGCACCGGCACCACCUCCAGCGCCCGUCGUAGCAGCGCCGCCUCCAGUUCCUGCACCAGCAUAUCAAGGUCGCCUGCGUGGUCAUCGUUGA